AUGGUUUUCUUGACCGACGAAGGAGCCUCUUCUUCUUCUUCUGCCCACCGAUGGGACUAUGAUGUCUUCUUGAGUUUUCGAGGUGAAGAUACUCGUAAAAAUUUUACAAGCCAUUUAUAUAAGGCUUUGUGUGAUCAGGGUUUUAACACCUUUAUUGAUGAUGACCUUCCGAGGGGAGAAGAAAUUUCAAUGAAACUUGUUAAAGCCAUUGAAUCGUCAAUGAUUUCAAUUGUUAUAUUCUCUAAAAAUUUUGCAUCUUCUACUUGGUGCUUGAAUGAACUCGACAAGAUUUUUGAAUGUAGGAGAAGUAAUGGCCAAUUGGUUUUUCUAAUUUUUUACAAGGUGAGCCCAUCAGAAAUACGUAAACAAGAUGGAGAGUUUGGAAUUGCACUAGCUGAACAUGAAGAAAAAUUCAAAGAUGACAUAGAAAAGGUUCAGAGGUGGAGGACAACUUUAGCUGAAGCAGCUAAUUUGUCUGGAUUUCCUUACAAUGAUAGUUACACUGAAUCUGAAUCUGAGUUUAUCCAAAGAGUUAUAAAAGAGAUAUCAAGGACCAAAUCAAAUCGUGAGCUAUUAUUUGUUGCUAAACAUCCAGUUGGAAUAGAUAUUCGAGCAGAGGCCGUAGAAUUGCUUUUAGAUAUGGAGUCAAAUGAUGUUUGCAUGGUAGGAAUUUGUGGUAUUGGGGGAAUAGGUAAGACUACGAUCUCUAAAGCUGUUUAUAAUAGAAUUGCUCACCGUUUUGAAGGAAGCUGUUUUUUAGAGAAUGUUAGAGAAAUGUCAAAAAUAAUUGGUGGCAUAACCCAACUACAAGAGAAAUUUCUUUCUAAGAUCUUACGAGAUAGAGAUUUGAAGGUGCACAAUGUAUUUGAAGGUAUCAAUUUGAUAAAGAAAAGACUUCAUAGUAAAAAAGUUCUUUUAAUUCUUGAUGAUGUGGAAGACUCAAAAGAGGUAGAAAAUUUGCUUGGAGAAUGUAACUGGUUUGCCUUCGGAAGUAGAGUAAUUAUAACUACAAGAGACAAACAUGUACUAACCACUUGGGGAAGAGAUCCUCGAAUAUAUGAGGUUACAGAAUUGAGUCAAUGUGAAGCUCUUGAACUUUUCAACCGGCAUGCCUUCCAAGCAAGUAAAUAUGGGGAAGAUUAUUCAGAACUUGCAGAACAGAUUAUAUGUUAUGCCAAUGGCGUACCAUUAGCUUUAAAAAUAAUUGGUUCUGAUUUGUGUGGAAAAAAGAUGCAUGAAUGGAAAAGUGCAUUAGAAAAGUAUAAAAACAUUCCACAUAAAGAUAUUCAAGAAAUACUCAAAAUAAGUUAUGAUGGAUUGGAAAAAUUUGAAAAGGAAAUUUUUCUUGAUAUUGCAUGUUUUUUUAAGGGUUACAGCAAGGAUAAUGUUGUAAGUGUAUUAGAUUCUUGCAAUUUAUAUUCUGAGUAUGGUAUUGGAAAACUUAUUGAUAAGUGUCUCAUAACCUUGGAAUAUGCCUAUGAGCCACGGUAUGACUUUUUGUCAAUGCAUGACUUGCUACAACAAAUGGGUAGAGAAAUUGUUCAACAAGAAUCAGAAGAGCUUGAACAACGUAGUAGGAUAUGGCGUUAUAAGGAUGCUCAUAAGUUACUAACUAGAAAUAUGCAGGGAUCAAAUAAAAUUCGAAGCAUAAUGUUGCUCUCACGUGAACGAACAGAGAUGCCAUUGAAACCUAAAGUUUUCAAGAGGAUGAAAAAUCUCAAAUUUCUUGUAGGCAAUGUACAUAUUGGUGAAGCACUUGAAUAUCUCCCAGAUGAGUUAAGGUUUCUUGAAUGGCGUGAAUUUCCUCUAUCCUUAUCUUCCAAAUGUUGCCUUCCUCGACAACUUGUUGUACUCAAGAUGUUUGAGUCGAACAUUAUAUUGGAGAGUGUUUUCAAGAAGGGGUUCCAGAAUGAUAAUUUGAAAAUGAUCAGUCUAGAAUCUUGUGAAUUCAUUACAAAAUUACCUAACUUGUGCUGCCCAAACUUAGAGGAAUUGAAUCUCAGAAAUUGUGAAAAUUUAAUUGAGGUUCACGAGUCCAUUGGACUUCUUGAGAAGCUUAAAGUAUGGGAUCUCUAUAAAUGUUCACAACUUCAAAUUCUUCCAAGUACGCUCAUGUUGAAAUCUCUUGAAGAUUUUAGCCUAUUUAGUUGCUCAAGGCUUAAGAAGUUCCCCGAUAUUCACCCAGAAAUGAAUUGUCUAAAGAAAUUGGAUUUGGAACUUAGUGGUAUUAGAGAAUUGCCUUCAUCACUGUUGUAUCUGACUGGACUUGACACGUUAGGACUAUUUCUCUGCCGUAAGCUUAGGAAUUUUCUAGUUGGGGCCAAUAAAUCACAAAUGCGGGGGGAAGAAGAUAUUCCUUCUACCAAAUUGAGAUUGGCGUGCAACUCCUUUAAUAACUUUUCGGGACCUACUGGGUUUCUGUGCUUGACAGAACUGAAACUUAAACAUUUGAGAAUUCAAGUUGAAUUAGAUUCUUGGAUGCAGCCUGAUUACUUCCCAGUAUUGACACUUUUAGAUCUAGGUUUCACUGGUAUUGUUACCAUCCCAGAAAGUAUUAGUAGAUUUCCUAGAUUACUAUGUCUUAAAAUUCAUAAUUGCAAAAAGCUUCGAGAAAUUCCGAGACUUCCACCAUCUAUAAGAACUGUGAAUGCACGGGAUAGCGAUCGGCUGGAUACACAAUCAUCAAGCAGAUUAUUGAAUCAGUUUCGAGAAAUUCUAGGGAUUCCAUCAAAUACUGUCGCUGAAGCUGCAACAAGCUUUGAUUCUGAAUGGCCUCAACGUUGGAAUUUUCUUAUGCUACCAUUAACUGAGAUUCCAAAGUGGCUCAAAUUCAACAAUCAUCAGAGUUUUGGAAAUUCCGUAUCAUUCUUGGUCGGUCCCAAAUUUUCAAAUUUGGUUGUUUGUAUUGCUUUUCCAUCGAAGGAUGUGUACAAAGAUAAAGGGUACUCGUGGUCUGUUCACAUUUUAAUCAAUGGUAAAGAACAACUCCCAGUGUACAUGGAGAUGGCGAAUAGUAAUUCUGACCAUGUAUGGUUAAUUUAUCGGAAAGUGAAUAUAUCAAAUCCAUCUGAAGAGAAUCGCAUUGAGGUUGAGGUUAAGCUUACACCUUGGAAUAAUAUUUCUCUAAAUAGGGAGAGGAUUUAUGUAGAAUGCAUCUGUUGUCCUCAGAAACCCAAUAUAUCUCCUCCCUCAUCUAUGGAUCAAUGUGCUUUCAACAAUGGGGAAGAAGAUUCGGGCCGUGUUGGAAUCCGAUGCCGACUGCGGAGAAGAAACCAUCGACCAACCCAUGCUAGACGUCCCCAAAAACACUACCUGUCCCGCUUUGGAUGGCUUCGAAUCCGAUUCCAACUCUGGAAACGAAGCUCCAAACCCCGGAGACGGAGAAUUACUAAUGGGUUUCUUGAUGAGGGUUCAUCUUCAAUCCCCAGUACCUUUCUCAAUGAUGAUACCGAUGCCAAUCUGUAUCCACCAUCAAAGAAGACAAAAACAAGUUGAUCCAACUUUGAAGAGAAGGGAUGCAACAAACAUAUGGGAAGUGGACACUCCUAUUAAACCACCUAAUGUACUUUUCAACAGUUACCUUGGCAGUAUAGCACAUGAUCAGAUGCUGAAGGGGGGCAGGGGUGGGGCUGUAGUUUAAAUGCUUUGUACAUCCUAGUAUUCUUUUAGCAGUACCUUGUGGCAGAGAGUGGAAAGAUUGAAAUGGCAGCUACUUGUGGGAUGGUGGCUGGGUAUGAUGGUUUUAGCCUAGGGGUAGAGAUGCUGAUUGAUGUAGGCAUAAAAGCAUGGGUAUGAUGUAGAGUCUUAAAUUUUUAUUCAUGAUUUUUAACAUCCCUUAAUGCUUGUGGAAUGGGUAUCAGUUACUGGAAGAGAAGAAGUUUGAUUUUGAAUACUGUUAUGAGCAGAUUAGCUUGUGCAGGUCAUAGCAGAUUAGUAAUACUGUUAUGUUGUAGUGCUUGCCACCUUCUAUUUAGUCAUGUUUCAUAUGGUCUUUUUAAAUAAUCUUUCAUAAAUUGGAAGGUCUUCUUUUUUCUGUUUUUUUUUUUUUCAAAAGGGCCUCAGAUAAAGUUGCAGUUAGUACUGUUAAACAACUUUGUAAACAAUGAGAUGCAUCUAUGUCUUGGAGUGGUUUUCACUUGUGACUGUAUAAUCACUGUAUACCUAUGACAUUUCAACAUUGGUUUUUUUUUUUUUUUUAAAAGAUUUAAUCACUCCAUCAAGAAUAUGAUUACUGCUAAUGUUCUUUAAAACAAUGAUGGUUUUUAAGUAAAAUUGAAUUUUGUAGUUUCUGGGUAGCAGUUUCUGUAUCUGUUUUAAAUAAUCGUUGUAGUUUAAGAACUUUUUAUUUAUUUUGGUGGGAUACUCUCUUGAUAUCAUCCCUCUUAUCCAAAUUACAUCAUCCACAAUAGCCAGCCUUUUGGAACCAAAAGUUUCUCUUCUUAAUUGCACCAAAAAGGAAUAAAUUUCAUUACAUUACUAGAUUUUGUACAUCAUUUUAUUCAUAAUUCCAAAGAUAAGUUAAUUUGGAGAUCUGAUGAGGAAUGAGUGCACUAUAAAAUCCAGUUGUCACUUAUUCUUUUGAAAGCUCUCUCUUCCUCAUGAAUUGAAGCUCAUCUCCCUCAUCAAUAGCGUUGCUUCUUGGCACUACUAAUAAAAAAAAUCCUAAUUUUCCGUGUAUUCUGUUCAAAGCCUUGGUAAUCAGUCUUCUUCGUGGAGAAAGCGAAUUUUCUUUGAUUCACAAUCCUUUCUUUGAAAGUUGCAAUGGAACACUAGCUAUCUCCUCUUUGAUUGUGCAAUCACUUCUAGUUUUGGGGCCACCUCAAGAAUUGAUCUUCAUCUUCAACAUUAUUUUUUAUUAUUUAUUGAUUCCAUCAAAACUAGAAGUUUUAAAUUCACAUCCAAUAAAUUAUCCAUUUAUAGUUUUUGGUAAAUGUUGUUCUAACUAAAAAGUUUUUGACUUUGAAGAUAUUUAAGGCCCCUCAACUAUAUUUAUGACGAGCAUUAGUAUACUAGGAACACUGUGGCCUAUUCACUUGACUACCCACUCCCAAGUCUCAGUCUUGAGUCCUACUAAUGUGAGUAUAGUAAGGACUCCAAAUAAUAAUAUAUACCAUGCACAGAGCAUCUAUAGUUUCUGUGUUAAGGCAUGGAAAACCACAUCAAAGUGAAAAGAGAAAACCGGUAAAGGAUUCUAAUAUGCCCAAACAAGCUCUAUAGCAACUGAAGAAGACACCACGACAUUGGGAGACAAUUAUACUAUAGGAAGCAACAUUUUAAUAGCAAAGAAAAUGUCCAAAGAGUUGAAUAAUUAAAAGGAAGCCAAUAGGGUAUUAGUUUAGUUAUGGGAAUAAUUUCCUCAAUGUUACAAAGCAGAGUCCAAUGAGCUAUAGUGUGGGUUCAGGAAUUACACUUUCUAACUACAUGUAAAGCUUGCCAACAAUAGCAUGAAGUUGAUGCCAACCUAGUAUCCACUAUUAGUGGUUCUAUGGACUAGUGAGAUCUGCAUAGAGAACUUUGGGUUCAUUGAAUUUCAUUUAGUUCAUUUCCCUCCAUCAAAACCUUUCUAAAACAAAGCUUUGAGUGCUGUUCUUGCUUCUACUAUAAGAGGACCAUCCAUCCAUCCUUAUUAGCUUGAUACAAAACAAAUAAUGUCAUUCUUAUGAUCAUGGCCAUCUGUCGCAACACAUGUUUGGUUGUUUGUUAAAGUUGCAUCAAAAUUAACUUUGACAAAAGGGGGAGGAAGAGGUGUUCAUGUUCUGGUACCUUUGUACCUCGGUAGUGGAUUCCCAGGCUUGCAAAUGAGUUUUUGUAGUUUGAGAUGUGCUCCCUGCAUUGGAUCAGUUGUAGUCCUACGUACCAUCUGUCUAUUCCUUUGCAUCCAGAUUACAUCACAACAUAUGGUAGCACACAUUGAUAAAUUUCUUACCUCUUCUAGUGGGACCUUCAUGGAGCUUUUUGAAUUGAACACUAUUUGGAUCCAUUCCUCCAUAGAUGACAGGUUGAGCUCUUAAAUUCUAAAAGGUCGUUGGGGAUGACCACAAAUUCCGAGUCACUAGGCACUUUAAGAAUAGGUGCUCUAUGGACUCUUGGGCUGCAUUACACAUUUGCAGUUUAGGUCUUCUAUUGAAAAUAUCAGGCUUAGCAUCACUUUUGUUAUGGGAACCAACAUUAAGGUUAUAGUUCUUACCCCAUUUCUAUCUUUGUCUGUCAGUGUGCUCCAUUCCAUUUUUCCAUCAUUGUUCUAUUGAUGCACUCCAUACGUCAUGACAAAA